AUGUCGCGCGCCAGCCAGAAGCCAGCCGAAGCCUCUGCGCGCGCGCCAAAAGCCGGCCUCGCGGCGGAGUCCCCCAGCGAGGGCGGCGUCGACCUUCAGCAGCUUGUGCUCAAGAGCGAGAGUGUCGUGGACGAUGUGCUUCGCCAGCAGCUCAAAGAGGUUCAGCGGCAGCAAGAAAAGAUCUUCCAGGAUCUCCUAAACGUGCAGCGCCUCCUGGACUACCUGCCUCUCCUCCAGCUUCAGCAGAAAGAGGAAAUCCGCGCGCGACGGCGCGAGCGUCGCGUGCUGCGCGGCCUCAAGCUCUUUGCCGGCGAGGUCACCUCGUCCUCGGACUCUGAGCCCGAGGAGUCGAGGCUGUCGGCGAGCAACGCGGAAGGAGCCGAGGCUGGAGAGGCAGAGACGAAACCCAGCUCGCGCGGCGAAGCUAGAGAGGGAGCGCAAGAGACUCGGCGGCCAUCAGGCAGCGAGAAGAAGGAAUGCGAGGAACCCGUGUCUGUCGAUGCACUCGUGAACAUCGGAUGCAACACGUAUCUUAGGGCUCGCGGCGACGAUGUCGGAAAGCUCCUGAUAAAAGUCGGGUUCGAGUUCUACCUCGAAAUGAGUCUCGAAGAAGCGACAGAGUUUCUCACUAAAAAGGAGGCGCUGCUAAUCAUAAAAUACGAAUACUGGAGCGGCAAAUGUGCGGAUAUCAAGGCUCAGAUCCAAAUGUUGCUUCAAGCGAUUGCGGCCGUCGUUGAGGAACCUGCGCUCCAGGCGUUUCCAUUUGCCUGA